AUGGCCCACCCAACUCUUGCAUUCUUCGGCGGCCAGGGCAGUCGCGCCUUGUUCGGACAAGAUGCGUUGAAGCAGCUCAGAGUCGAGAGUGCCUCUACUCAUGCUGUCGCCCUGUUACUCACAAGCUGUCAUUCUGCAUUCUUGAGCGAAGUGCUGGAGCUAGAGAGCCAUGGAGAGGCAAAGAUGUGGGCGAGUUUCGACGGACUUGGGACACCUGAGCAACUGGUCUCUGUGCCGAAAGAGUUCCAGAGCAAUCCGAUCGUCGAGGGGGUCAUGCUGUGUCUGCGCCAACUCAAGGACUACCUGGUAUGGUUCCAGUCAUCACACCGACGCGCGCCGACGGCAGUGGCCGGCUUCUGCUCUGGGGCCAUCCCGGCGAUGGUGGCGGCGUCGGCCAAAGAUGUGCCAGACUUCAUUGAACGCAGCAAGGAAGCCAUACGACUCGCUUUCAGUAUUGGCUUGCGCGUGGGCGAACUGAGCUACCGGAUUGCAGGAGGAGGCUGGCAAGAUCGGCCGUGGUCGCUCGCAGUUCGAGGACUGUCGAGAAGUGAUCUCGAGGACAUCUUGGCCAAGUUCAACGAACAGGAAGGUUUAUCCGAGGGCAGCGGCCUUCUCGUUUCCACCAUCUCCAACACCGACAACAACAUCUCCAUCGUGGGCGAAGGCAGUCUGUUGGCGAGGCUACGCUCGACCUAUCUGCCCGCCACUGUCACCUGUCGCGAUAUACAGGUGCACGGUCUGUAUCAUGGUCGUGACCAAGCGCUUUCGGCGUUGGAGAGCGUCCUUGCGGAUGUCAAGCGACGACACAUCUUGUUCCCAACUCUAGACGACCUUCGGGUGCCGGCGUGGACUUCGCAGAACGAGUCCUCGAUAUGUCGCGACUCGAACCUCCCAUGCUCGCUGCUAGAGCACACAGUUCGUGGCAUCAUGGUCCAAACCGCUGAUUGGGCCUCGACCUGGACCAAAAUCAUAAGUUCCCCCAUUACGGGCGGCGACAAGCUGUCAGUGGUAGCUAUCGGCCCAGGCGCAUAUCAUUUCCUGAGCACCCCAUCAAGUCGUGCAGCCAGCACGAGGGCGGAGGUGCUCGAUGUUGCAGACAUCACGCCUGAUCGGAGCAUAGAGUGUGAUCAGAAUGACAUCGCGAUUGUGGGCAUGUCCGCUCGGUUCCCGCUAAGCUCGAGCAGACAGGAACUGUGGAACAUGGUUGCGGAGGGAAAGGAUGCGCUGAGACCAAUCCCAGAAUCACGCUUCGGCGAUGUUGCUCUUGGUGAACGGUCAGCAUCCACUAACACUGGGAACUUCUUGGACGACCCCUUCCUUUUUGACCAUGAGUUUUUCAACAUUUCUCCGAGAGAAGCGAAGUCGAUGGAUCCACAGCAGAAGCUGCUCUUGCGCGGGGCGAAGGAGGCUUUGGACGAUGCUGGUUAUGUGCCCAACGCCACGAAGUCUCUCCAAGCUAAAUCAACUGGCUGUUACAUUGGAGCGGCCACGGAAGAUUAUGCUCACAACUUGAGAGACAACGUGGAUACUCACUACUCAACCGGUACCCUCCGGGCAUUCCUCAGCGGCAAGGUGUCUUACGCCUUUGGGCUCAGCGGUCCGUCCUCGGUGAUUGAUACCGCUUGCUCUUCUUCUCUGGUAGCGAUCUCGCAGGCUUGUCGAGCACUCGUGAACGGAGACUGCUCUGCCGCUCUCGCCGGUGGAGUCAACGCCAUGACGAGCCUCAAUAUGUAUCUCGGCCUAUCCAGAGCCCAUUUCCUAAGCCCCACAGGCCAAUGCAAGUCUUUUAGCGACAAGGCAGACGGCUACUCCAGAUCGGAAGGCUGCGGUCUGUUCGUGCUAAAGCGGUUGCCGGAUGCGAUCAUCGAGAAUGACCACAUCCACGGCGUGAUCAAAGCAGCAGAAGUGAACCAUAGCGGUAUGGCACGCUCAAUAACGCAUCCUCAUCAACAAACGCAGGAGGAUCUGUAUCGGAAUCUACUCUCGACGUCGGGUAUCGACCCAGCAUCAAUUACUGUUGUCGAAGCACAUGGGACAGGCACUCAGGCGGGAGAUACGGUAGAAGUCGCCGGCCUUCACUCAGUCUUUGGUUCAAGUCGCACCGCCGAACGACCAUUAUACAUUGGCUCGAUCAAAGCGAACAUUGGUCAUCUCGAAGCCGCAGCUGGCGCAGCCGGACUAGCAAAAGUGUUGUGCAUGUUCCGGGAACAGAAGAUACCUCCCCAGAUAUCCGCGAGGAAGCUCAAUCCAGGCUUUCCCGACCUUGAAGCCAGACAUAUCCAAAUUCCAACCCAGCUCCAGGCAUGGAAUACUCGGUCGCGCGAGCCGAGAAAGGCCUUGCUGAACAGCUUCGGCGCCGCUGGAUCGAAUGCUGCAAUCAUACUUCAAGAGUGGCCUGCGGGAAAUGAUUCUCGCCUAUGCAGGAAGCGGACUGCUUACAACUGCGUCAUCACCGCCAAACGCAAGAUAGACGUUCAGCAGUACUGCUCGAGGUAUCUUUCGAUGCUCACUGCGAGACCCACGGAAGCUAUAGAGGACAUUUGUUACACCUCUACUGCCCGGCGCCAAGCUUACGACUACCGGAUAUCGCUAGUAUGUCAAAGCACACAAGAUCUGGCCGAACAGCUUGAAACUCCGGUUGAACCCGUACGCUGCUCUUCCUCGGAGAGGCCGUACGUCUUGGUGUUCUCUGGUCAAGGCUGUUUCUAUCCGGGCAUGAGCAAAGGUCUACUGACGACUAUGCCCGUCUUCCGAGAAGCUAUGGGCCGCUGCGAUGAGAUCAUCACAUCUUUAGGCCAUCGAAGUGUUCUCUCGAUGAUAGAGGACGAGUAUGUGCCUUGCGAUGCCACUGACAGCAUCCUGUACGCUCAGCUUGCCUGCUUCUUUGUCGAAUACGCAUUGGCCACAAUGUGGAUGGCUUGGAAUGUUCGACCAGCUAUGGUAGUAGGUCACAGUCUAGGUGAAUAUGUCGCAUUGGUAGUAGGCGGGGUCCUGUCUCUGACAGACGCACUCAGAGUCGUUGCGCACCGCGCCGAGCUCAUGAUCGAUAAGUGCAGAAUCGGCGAGACCGCUAUGCUGGCAUGUAACCAGAGCGCUUGCCACCUUGAGGACUUAAUUUGUUCGAGCCGAGACAAGUUCAAUGGUCUGUCUGUGGCAUGUAAGAACAGUCCAGUCGACACUGUCGUCUCAGGUCCAGUAGCAGCGAUCAACAGUCUCCAGGAGACUCUGCGGCUGGACGAUGGUCGUUGUCAAAGACUCCAGGUACCACUGGGGUAUCAUUCCACCGCGGUCGAUGCGGUUUGGGGACCGUUGCGAGACUUCUGCGCGAACGUUACGAUGUCACGUCCUUCGAUACCAACAGGCUCUUGCCUCCAUGGCAGAAUGUUGAUAUCUGAAGACAUCUCGCCGAAGUACCUCCCAGACCAGAUGCGAGGGAGCGUUCGGUUUGCUGAUCUCAUCACCUCCAUCAUGGCCAGCGAGCAAUUGCGCGAGCCAAUCUUCAUUGAGACAGGGCCCUCACCAAUCACUCUACCUCUCAUCCGUAAUUCGAUCUCGGACAAGGACUGUCUUCUGUUGCCGACCCUCAAGCGUAACAGUGAUCCUUGGGUCACUAUCUGCAGUUCACUGCGGACUUUGAGUCUUACAAACAACACAAUCCGAUGGCGCGCUGUAUUCGAUGGCACAGGGGCGAGGCUUACCGAGACUCCAGCUUAUCCAUUUCAACAGCAGAGCAUUUUUUGCAAGCCAGUCCAACGAAACGAGGACACCACGGAGAAAGAACAAGUAUCGGAUGUCUGGAGCGCGGGAUCACAACAGAUGGAUGAAACAAGCGAUUUGAGCAAUACAAAGUCCUUUUAUCCUCUGGACAAUAUCGAGAGUAGGAAAGUGCAGGGAUCGACAUCGUGUCGAUAUGAACUCGACUUCUCCAGCAUCGAGAAAUACGUCUUGGGACACGUUGUUGGCGGAUGGCCACUUUGUCCCGCAUCAAUAUACCAUGGCAUCCUUCUCGAAGCAUUGAUUACGGAGUCUGAGUCGACGCUGACGUCCAGCAUCGUCGUGCAACAUGUGCACUUCUCGAAGCCGCUUCUUGCUCUGCCCAAAUCGCCGGAGCGGAAGAUUGCAUUGGAUAUUCAGCCUGCUCGAGAUGUCAAUGGCCAAAAAGAUGCCCAGCAGUUCACAUUCUCCUCAUGCCCCGCAAGCGGCAAGCAUGGUUCGAACGAACACUGUACUGGCUCAGUGAGUUAUCUGCCGCCUGCGGAAGUGGAUCAAUACCUCGUGCAGAAAGCUGGGCAGCUGGGGAGACGAGCCAUCCGACGACAAGCAUGGCAGCCAUCCGGGAGGGUAUUUGAUACCCACGUCAUCUACAAUGUCAUCUUCCCCCGCAUCGUUGCCUACUCAAGCGCAUACCACACCCUCCGGGAGCUUACCGCGUCUAAUGAUGGGGUUGAAGCAUGGGGCCUCUUUCGACUACCUGCAUGCGAGACGACAAUGCGCAAUGGGGUGCCAUCCGCUACCUUUGUCGAUACCCUACUACAUGCCGCGGGCUUCCUCGCCAAUGUGAAGGUCAACUCAUCAGAAGCGUGUAUUUGCGCGGAGAUUCAGACUUGCACAAUGUCCGAGAAGCCGCUGGACUGUCGCCAAGACUACCAGAUCUAUUGCCGCUUGCAGGAAACCGGCACGGCCUUCGUUGGCGAGUCGUAUGCCAUGGACUCAGAAGGAAGUGUUCUCGCUGCGAUUGAGGGGAUGAAGUUCAACAGACUUCAGCUGCGGGCUUUGCAGACACACCUUUCCAUGGUCGCCGGGGACAGGGAUGCUCCCGGUGAAGACCAGCAACUUCGCGAGUCGCAUUGGACUACUGACCAAGACACGAGUAGUCGCGCAGAUUCCGCCAAAGACGUCGAGAGCACCCUGCAUGAUAUCGCCGCAGGGGUGAGCGGCCUUUCAAAGAAGCUCAUAGACGACCAGAAGAGACUGGAAGACCUGGGGUUCGACUCCUUGCUCCAGCUUGAGCUUCGCAGUGCAAUUCGCAAGCACUUCUCGUCCUACUCGCUUGAAUUGCCACCUUCGUUGAACGAAUGGACGCUGUGCACCCUGAGAGAUACCAUAGUGCAGCAACGUGGCGAUGAAAUGCAACCACGCUCGCCUCGUGGAGCGGGCGAAAGCACUUCAGUAAAGGCACAGAAUACCAAAGGCUCCGAUGGCAAGGUGAGCACGGGCAGCAAUACCGAGGAUGUCGUAGGCCUCAUCAGCAGACUCACCGGCACCCCGUCAGCCCAAGUCUCUUUCGACGCUCCUCUCGACUCUCUGGGGAUAGACUCGCUCAUGAUGUUCGAACUGCAAAGGAUGCUGUACACUCGCUACGGACAGCCCCAGGGCGACGUGCAGAUCCACUCUGAGCUCACUGUGCAAGAACUGCAGGACAUCUUCCUGAAUCCACCAGAGCCUCGUGCCGUCGACAAGAUCGAUGGGGUUGCGGACUUGACUUUCACCCCGACGUCCCGAGCUUUGCCGUCGGUUCGGAUGGCGAAGAUACAGGUGGAUGCGAGUGGUCGACCUCCAUUGUUCCUGUUCCACGACGGGAGUGGGACGGUGGAGUGCUACAGAAGGCUAAAGCAGCUUGGAUGUGACGUUUUCGCCAUCGCCAACCCGAUAAUGGAGCGAGGCGUCCAUUGGGCGAAGGAUUUGGUGGGAAUGGCUCGCCAUUAUGCGGCUGCCAUCGCUGCUCUGCCGACGAGAACAGUAAUCCUGAGCGGCUGGUCAUUCGGCGGCGUCCUAGCAUACGAAAUCGCUCAACACUUGGCUCCCCUCGGUACGACGGUCCAAGGCGUCAUGUUCAUCGACUCCCCACCCCCGAUACACCAUGAACCACUCCCUCCGCCGAUCGUCGACUACAUCCUGAAUGCCAACCGCAAGUCCAAGCUCGCUCCUCGCGGAGAUGCUCGAGCGAUCGUAGCAUCGCAGUUCGAGAUGCACGCACGUUUUCUUGCUGAGUACAGCCCCUCUGCCAGCGAAGCGCAUGUGGCCGUAGAUACUCAGUACGUUAUGCUGCAGUGUCAGGACACUUUCGACGCUAUGGGGCUGUGUGGGGUGGAGUAUGCCUGGCUAGGUGAUUCGGGUAUGAGAUCUGAGUCGACUCGCCAAUGGGAGUGCAUAUUGGGACGGCAGAUGGUGGUGCUGGGGAUUCCGGGGAAUCAUUUCGAGCCUUUUAGUUCUUCGAAGAUAUCUUCGACGUCUACGGGUCUGAAGAAAGCCUACGAUCGUAUUGCAUUGCAGACUUGA